AUGCCUAUGGUAGAGAAUUGCACGAGAUUAGAUGGAGAAGAAGGGGUUCCUGGAUACGUUCGCCUGGUCUCUGGCUUUAUGUUUCCUCAGGAUGAUGGGGAACGAUCGUGGAUAAAGGAGAGGCUGGUCCUCAUGGACCCUGCUUCUUUUAGCUAUGUUUAUAGGUUGGAGGCAAGUAAUGUGGGGCUCGAUGGAUCUGUGAACUCACUGCAACUUGUAGACUAUGGGGAAGAAACCACUCUGGUUGAUUGGUCAUUUGAAAUUGAUCCCGUACAAGGAGCACAAGAAGAAACCAUCAUCUAUUACUUGGCCUUUCUUUACAAGUCCUGCAUCAACAGAAUUGAGGGGGCCAUCGAUCGUGCCAGCAAGAAAGAGCAAGAGCCACGAGGAUAG